AUGGCGGCAAAUUUUGAAGGCGAAGCCAAAGUAAGGGCUUUCGCUUCAAUAGCUGCUGAGGUAGAAAAGGAACUUCGUGAUGUCGUAUCCGGUCAAACUGGCUCUAAAAUUAUCUCUGAAGAAAAAAUUUUAGGUUUACAGUUUCAAAUCGAAUCUCAGAAGAGAGAAAUUGAAUUUUUGAAGAACCAAAUCGAAAUAUUACAAGAGAAUAGUCAAUCUAAUUUAGUUUUUCAGGAACAAAAUAACGUCGAAGAAUAUCUCAUCCAAAUUCAGAAUUUGUCAUCAGAAAAUCAAGGAUUAGUCAAUACCAUAGAGAAAAACAACGCAGAAUAUGAAAAUAACAUUAAAAAUUUAACUUUCGAAAAACAAAAGCUUGAAGAAGAACUUUCCAACACAAAGAAUGAAUUUACUUCCCAUAUACAGACAUUAGAAUCCGAAAAUAUGCUUUUACAAGAGCAAUUAAAAAAGCCUCAAAUUCAGGAAUCAAAUGUUCAAGAUAUUUCGAAUUACGUAAGAGAAAUUUCUCAACUCAAACAGAAAAACGCAAAUUUAGCUUCAACAAUCGAGAAAAUUACUGAUGAACAAAAAAUAUUAAAAGACGAAAAUUCAAAGCUACAAAUACAGAUUAACCAGUUCAGAAAAGAAUCAGAUCGCGCUACCGAAUUGACACAUCAUAAUGGUGACCUAAUAACAGAGAAUUCUAGGCUAAUUCAACAAAUUAAUCAAUUAAAGAAGGAUUUUGAUUUACUUCAAGUAGAAAAAUCAAACCAAUCUGCAAAAUCAGUUGAAUAUGAAAUUCAAAUUGCUAAUUUACAGAGUCAAAUUCUAAAUUUACAAAAUAAAUUAGAUUCAUUGAAAUCUGAAGAAGGUCGCAAGCUUUCUCAAGAUCAAAUAGAAUUAUAUGAGCAAACUUUGAAGCAAAAUGAAGACCUUAAGCAGCAAAUAGAUGAAUUACAAAUAAAAUUUGAUGAAAAAGACAAAAACAUACAAUCAUAUGAAGAAAUAAGGGAAGAUCUUACAAAGAAAAUCAAUGAACUCAUUGAGCAGAACUCAGAACUAAGAAUUUCAGUCGAAGUCAAAGAUGCCAAUACCAGAAAGGAUAGAACUCAGAUUAACAUAUUAAAUAGUAAUAUAUCCGGUCUCAACAAGAAUGUAGAAUCAUUAGAACGACAAAAAACAGCUCUUCAAAAUGAAAUAAAUAAUAUUCAUGGACAAAUUGAGCAAUUAACUGCAGAAAAGCUCUCUAUAAAGCAAGAAUCAGAGAGAUUUACAUCAACUGUUUGCUCAUUGUUAAGUUGUUCAGAAAAGAAAGAAGUUAUUCCGGCUUUAGAAGCAACUCUUGAGAAAUUGGUCAGUUCGAUCAAGUUAUCAGAAAAAUCUGCUGCACUUCAGAGCCAAGUUGAAUUUGAACAGUCGAAGAAUUCUACUCUUUCAAGAAGAAUUGACGAAUUAAAGGCCCAACUUGAGGAAGAGCGUUCUAAAACAACUAGAAUCCUUGAUAUACAGACAGAUGAAGUAUCCAUUGCUCUUAAAAAGCAGAAUCAGAGCUUGGUUUCUCAGAAUAAGAAUUUACAAAAUGAAAUUGAUCGAUUAUCCCAAGAAAUUCUUGAAAAAGAUGCUAAUAUUGAACAUCUUAAGAUAACAACCAUAUCAGAAAGCACAAAACAAGUACUUGCUUCUUCAAAAUCAGAAAGAUUAUCAAAUUACGAAGUUCACCACCAGAGAACUGUCGAGUUUUUGCGUACCUUAUCAAUGACAAUUGAGAGAACACUUUCUCCUGGUCCUACAAACGCAAACAGAAUUCAUGUGAUUGAUAAUCUUGCCGAUAGCCUUGAAAAUGUAACAAUAUCAGAACAACAAGUGUCAGAGGCAUUUAAUAACUUUGGAUCAUUAUUAUUUGGCGAAUUUAUGAAACCAGAAAUUUCAGAUCUUGCGCUUUCAUUCAAGAACAGAGCCCAACAAUAUAUGGACGUAAUAACAGAGAAGGUAGAUAUCAUGAAGGAGAAACUAGAUAAAGAAAGCUUAAGAAUUGACUUACAUUUCAGAGGAAAAUCGGCAAUUACCACUCCAUCAACAUCAACUCCAAUUAAGAGACCACCAAUUUAUGGAAGAUCUCCAGUUGGAAAGUCUCCAAAGAUGAGAUUCGAUCCACAUUCAAUGACACCAAGAAAUUCUCCUUAUUUCAAUAAAUCGAGAUCCCCAUUUUCUAAUUCAUUCAUAAAUGAAGAACCUGUGAGUGUAAGAAUCCCAAUGAAAUAG